AUUGACUUCCAAUGGAAACAAGCCUCCACUGCGAAAUUAGGAGGACGUGGGGAUACCCCGGCCCUUGUCGCCUCCGCAAACUUGUAGUGGCUGCAGGUAAUGGAAGGUAAGGUGCAGGCAGCCUCGGUUGUGGGUUGCACGUGCAAAAAGCAACAAACAAAAAAAACGUCAAUUCCCACCUAGACAGGGCAGGACAAGCUCGGGGAGCUCGGUAAAUUUGAUCCAAACUCGCAACCACGCUGGCCUGCAACAUCUCAGAACGUCCCUCCGUACUCGCAGCAAACAUCAGGCUUGCUACAAUCUUUAUGUGCCACAGACGUUAAUGGAUUGCUGAAUCUGCGACACUACCUAACCUUGAGUAACCUGACCUGCUUACCUAGGCAUCUUUUUGGUUUCUGAACCUCGGCCUUUCCAUUCUCUCUAUACACGUCAUCCAAUUGAGCUUAUCCUCCUCGUUCUUGUUCGGUUGCCGCGACUGCAGUUUCCUGAGAAGCUACUGCCGGUCUACUGCGAAUAAUCAACCAUCUACAGACAGAUUUACACAUCCAUCGCAAGAAACCAGACACUCGUCGCCCCAGUCCGGGCUAAGACACCACAAACCCCGACCCGACGCGAAUCCAAGACAGUAUCCGAGAUCCCACCAACAAGUCAAAGUCAACGAGCCGACAUAUCCGCUGAAGAUGGCGUCCCCGCCCGCGCCGUCCACCCGGGCAGGCGCGGCCGAUCCGAUCCUGCGCAAUACGCUGCGGUACACGGUCUCGGCGCGCGAGUAUGCGACGCUACACAAGUACAUCAUCUCGAGGUCUAGGGUGCUGAGGCGGAAUGCCCCCGCCGUCGAGACGGUCGCACGCAUGGUCAACGGCCCGGCCUCGGGCAAGACUACGGCCAGGGUAGAGGGAGGAGGUAGGAAGGGCGAGGCCCGAGGGUCGGACAAGACAAAGUCGGAGAAGGGGGCCGUCGACCCUCUGGCUCCGGUUAAUGACUAUAAUGUGCGGGCAGUCAGGCAUUCGAUCCGCGUCUUUGUGGCGACGAGCAUCGCUAUGAAGGCUUGGGGGAUGAUUGCCAAGAGGUUGAUGGGUGCGAAGAUGGACCCAGCACAUGCCUCCAAGAAGGAGCCCCUCUACAAAUCACCCACCUUCCGACUCUCCCUCUCCCUCAGCACAAUUCUCCUUCUCUACCGUCUUCUCUUCCGCUUUUUCACCAGGCUGCGUCUGCAGCUCCUCGACCCAUCGGCCGAGCCCUUCCGGCGCCGCAACCCGCGGACGGCGGGGACCCUCACAAGCCCGUACGCGCCGGCGAUCGGUGCCUCCCUGGCCGGUUUAGCCCUGGGCAUCUACCCGGCGCAGCAGCUGCGUCUGUCAGUGGCCAUCUACGCCCUGUUUCGCGCGCUAGAGUUUGGAUGGAACUGCGCCGAGGAAGGCGGCAUGAUCUGGGGGUGGGACAAGGACCCCCGCGGCGGUCCUGCGAGGAAGCGCGAGAGGCCCUGGUGGUGGGGUAGCUGGAUGCUCCAGCCGUUUGCGUUUGGCCAACUGCUGCACGCCUCCGUAUUUGACAGAGACUGCUUCCCCGUCGCGUAUGGCGAUUUUAUUUUCAAGCGGUCCGACGUUUACAUACAAAAGCGGCCCGAGCAGUAUCCGAGGAACUUGACGUGGCCUGGGACGUAUGAUAUUGUGGAUAGUUUGGCAAAAAUGGCCAAGCUUGGCUGGCCACCCAUCGUCUCCCCGACUCUUUUCCCUGACAAGCAAAACACUCUACCUGCGGGCCUUGAAGCUAUCGCACCAAUCACCAACCGUGCACAUCCGCUCAUCACGGCUCUUUCGUGCGCCACCCUCCACCCCCAGGACCCAUCAUGCGCUCGCACCUUCCUGACCUUUUGGCUGAGGUCAUUCCCACCGAUGGCGCGCUUCUUCCUGGCCAUGUACGCGGUGUUCGCGCUUCCACGCUUCCGCAAGCUAUACGAUGCUCCGGCGCGCGUCUUGCGUGGCCUUGUGACUUCGGCACUCUCGACCUCGACGUUCCUGACAGGCGCCAUCAGCACAGCCUGGGCCAGCAUCUGCUUCAUGCAGGCGUGGUUGCCAAGGGGCGCGCUGGCGACACAGCGCUUCUUCCUCGGCGGUUUUGCUGCCGGGUUCUGGGCCUGGGUGGAGCGGAGGAGGGGCCGUGGCAUCUUUCUUUACAGCGCCAGGGCGAGCGUCGACAGCCUCUGGAAGGUCGGUGUCAAGAGGAGAUGGUGGCGGGCCAUGAAGGGCGGCGACGUCUGGGUGUUUGUGCUGGCCGUCAUGCUGACAGGCAUCGUAUACGAGCGCGACCCGGCUGCUAUCAAGGAGGGUGGCUGGCGCAGGGGUGUCAGCUGGGUGAGGGGGGAGGGAUUCCGGGACUGGGCCAUCGAGGAGGACGAGGACGACGGCGCCGAGGAAGAGAUGGAGGCCGAGGUUGAGCUGGAGGACAGCCAGGUGGUUCUGGUUGAGAAGGAGAACUGAACAGCCUUGCUUUCAUACAAAAUAGGGCAUCCUUAGUUCUGUCGUCUGCGUGGGUGUAUUGCAUGAUUAUCCACUUGGGUUCACUGUAUGCGGGGACAUCUUUGGAUGAGCAUUUCACUGGAGAGCCCGGAUAGUUGCGCUGUACGUCCUGCAUGAAUUAAUGUUUGAUGAUAUUUUCUCUUUUUUUAAAAAAAA